AGGCAGCCUCAGAGCACGGUUGGCUGGCGGAAAGUAGCUGCAGUGUCCUGGCAACAUAUCUGUCCAAAACGUUCACUAAAACUGUCCCGGAAAGUUAGGUGUAACUAAAAGGUCAUAUGCAUGCCGAGGUGAUGUUUGCAAGAUUUGACAGCUGCUCAGCAGAGAGAAACCCCUACUGCGGCUUCAUAUAGGAGGACACCGUGUAUGUUAAUGGAAGUGAUGACUAAGGGGAUGAAUUGAAUCAGUGUGACAAGGGAAUAGCCAACCAGUACUUUUGGACGGGAACCGAUGGGCUGUCCAAGCUUGCGAUGCCAACUGCAAAAGACAAAGGCGGCUCAACGUCCCACCGCUACCGGCCUGCCUCAGAAUAUGAUGAUGCCACCCUCAACCAAAAGAGACAAUACUGGAGAAACAAGAAACGAGAACAGAGGGCCCGACUGACAGAGCGCAGACGGAAGUCCACACAAAACGGUCAAGGGGGAAAGUUCUUACAUCCUCAUGCCCCUGCAGCCGGGAAUUCCACUCUCUCCGGCUCUUUUGCUGCUUUCUCCUCUCCUUUGCAGAGUAAUGAUGGCUCGUACAAAACCAAUGUAUCCCCUGCACCACAGAGAGGAAAAAGAGUAGGGGAGAGCUCAAUUGAAGGCCCUGGCAGGAAGGAGAAGUGGCUCAGUACAGUGGAACUCAACAAGGUCUUGCCUCAGUUGACAGCAUCAAGUUCCAUCCCUGCCAAAGUUGCUAGGCGCAACACAGCUACAGUAAGAGGUGCUGUGAGCAGAGCUGUUGCCUCACACACUGGAACCCAGCUGAACCCCCGCUCCUCUGUGCCUCCAGUCAGAGUGACCAGAGCUACCAAUGGCAGCUCUGCUAAAACACAACCUCAGCCAUGUGUGUCUAUGCAGGGUCCAUCAGUCCCAAAAACGCAGCAAAAGGCACAAGUUGCAUUACGCGUUCAGCCCACACUCUCAGCCCCCAAUGUGACCACAGGUAUGAUUAUUAUGUCUUCUCCAUGUGUCCCGGUUUGUAUUAAAACAGAGGGCAGAACAGCAACACCUCAGAGUGGAACAAAGAGUGCCUUGGUCACCGUGCAUAGGGCCCAAGGUGUUAGCAACUCGCAGUCUCUCCUGGAGCCAGAGGAGCAGAGAGCAGCCAGGCGCAGAGAGCAAUGGCGGAUCAAAAAGCGACAGCAGAGAGCAAAGCAGGCAGCGCAGAACGCUAAAGCUAGGGAAAAGACGCAGAGCAGUGAGAUGACGUUAGCAAGGCAAACAGCACAAAAAGCGGGACUUGUAGGCGGCGCCAUUCUUCAGCAUCUUCCAUCUCAGUCGUUUUUGAGAGGAGCCGUCCAGAAGCAGUGUCCUACUCGGGUAAAAACUUCCUUUACAUCUGCCAAAAGGGACAUUUUUAAAGUGCAAGGUGGGGCAGCAAUGUUAACUACAGUUAACCUGCAAACUAACCGGAUUACAGUACCAAACCCACAUGGGAAUAGGACACCACAGACAGCCAUCAGAUGUAAUGUUAUUUCCAUUAGAAAGCCAGGGGAGUCACAGAGGAAAGUUCCAAGUUAUGUAAAUAUUUCUAAUGUUUCCAGAGGGAUCGCUCGCUGUAAAACACCUAGGCAAAGGUUUAUCGAUGCCCAGAGGAAUUUCAUGAAUCAAAGAAACAUAAGAUGUAAAUCCCCAUUUCUUGCUUCAGUCUUUGGUAGCAGAAAUAUGCCCCAAAUCGACCCCAACGACACACCUGAGCAGAUAAUAGCCAAACGGCGAGAGUAUUGGCGGAUAAAGAAGCGCGAGCAGCGAGCUAAGCUGUCCAUGGAAGUAAGGGUUCGUUUGAAGGAGAAGGACUCCCUGAUGCGCAGAGUGAAGCGUUACCAGAACAUCCUGGAGGAGAUGCGGAGGGCCAGAGCGAUGGCCCAAUCGGGAGGAAGCACCCUUACCCACGCCUCUGAGACCAUUGGAGGGUUCAUCAAAGAGGACGGGACAGUGAGCAUUAACAUUCCCCAGGAUUCUACAGAUCACAACACAGCAGCAUGUAAAAGUGAAGAAGAGUGUCAUGUAGAAUCUAAUAAUACACCCAUCGUAAAAACUGAGCCACCUGAUACUAAACAGAGAGGUACUACACCCGUUCGUGUAAACCAGCUCCACCCUGCACCUCGCCCAACUCAGGUAAGAGUCACUAUUCCUCUUGCUGGACAGUCGGUCAACACGCCUCCAAGAGUACUGUUAAUCAGACCAAGGACUCAACUUGAAAGCACAACUGUUUCUAAUUCACACAAGUCAGCAAUCCAAACCGUCAGUCAGAUCAGACUCACUCAUCCUCAGAUCUCUCAAAAUACUGCUACUGUCGGAUCGACAGCAGGGUCAAACCUCGGUGGGUGUGUCAUGAAAAUGACCGUCUCCAGUAGUGCACCGUCUCUAUCAGCGCUCUCUCUGGAUCCAGCGCUGACAGAGGAGGAGAGGAUGGCUAAAAAGAGGGAGUACUGGAGGAUAAAGAAACGAGAGCAGAGGGCAGCUCGCUCUGCUCGACUGAAGCAGGGGGUUUUACAUGCGAGGGCCACUGCGGCCUUACAGAGGAGGAGGGCCCAGAAGCAAGCACCAGGAACCACUGCCACACAAGGUAGAAGUCUCACAGGAAAUGCACAAUCCCCCCCCAACAACAGCGUGCCUGUUACGCCAAAUGCAAAUGAGAUAAAACAGGAGUCUGAGCCUAUGCCAGCAGUUGACCUAAAUUAUCAACCAGAACAUGCCAUCUGUCCAGAAAUCAAGCCCCCCACCUCCCCACCACCACCAACACCACCACCUCCAGCGCCUCAGCCGGAGCCUGACCCAGCUCUGAAUUCAGACAGCCAGGCUACCACUCUGCUAGCCGUGGCUUCCAUGAAGAAACUCCUGGAAGAAUCACUAAGCACAGUGACCCACAUUAAAAUAGAGUCAAAUGAGGGGGCCUCACAGCAAGAGAUGAACCCCAAUUCACCCCAGAAUGAGGGGGCUCCAAUUGCUGCUGACUUGACAUUGGAGAUAAAAAGCUGGCAGCCAGAUAGCGAUGCUUUGGUACCUGCGGGUUCACAAAGCCCUCUUCUCAAGGAUGCAUCCCAAAGUAGCGACACACUUCCACAUCCUCCCGAUUCCAACGAGGUAGUCUUGAAUCCUACCUGUGAGCACUCAUCCCAAACCUCUUCCAAUUUCAAAUUGGACCCCUCCAUGGAAGAUUCUGACAUCCCAUCUUCACCAAACAGAACCAUGAGUCCUCAAACCAAAACAGAAAGCCAUCAAAGCAGCAGCAGUUCCCCAGAGCCGCCAAAGCUACAUCACCUUCCCAUGGUUCCACUGCAACUACAGCAGCAACACUGUGAACAACUUUUACAGGCCCCAGAAGAAGGCCAAAACUCACCGUCAGCACCAGGACCUUGCAGCUUGGGGGCCGAGCAGGGCGGUAUGAUGAGCCUGCAGAGGAAGAGGGAGUACUGGAAGCUGAUGAAGAGGCAGCAGAGGGCCAGGUUAAGAGCGAGGCAGAGAGAACGACAGGGGGAAUGCAGCAGCCGACUAAAAAACAUUCAGGCUCCAGGUCGGGUUAUUGUUACCACUGUGAAGGCUGUGAGUCCUCCAGCCAAACGAGCCCUCCAGCCCAAGCCAUCCACUUCCUCUCUGACUGCAGUGAGCAGUGUCCCCACAGUCCUGCUGGUUAGCCCCACCACAUGUGGUGCUAAACAGUCCCCUGACACGAUCCGGGUCAAACUGCCCGUCACCAGUGUGUCCUGUCCACCCAGGAUUCAGCAUAACCACAUGAACAUUGGGCAGAAAGUGUCCACUCAUCUAGCAGAUCACGAGAAUCGACAGCAAGGCAUGACACAAAAGUGGACGCCAACACACACAGGUGUAGACAAACCCCCCUUCCUGCCUACUCUGAAGCCCCCAGCGAACCCGCUUUCCAGCAUCAACCUGCAACCUAUUGAACCCCCUCACACUCCAAAUUCCAGUCCAAUUAAAAUCCCUUGUGCUCAGCUUCAGAGCGCCAAUCACAUGAUACAAAGUCCGCCACUGACCAGCACCAUGGUUCCACCAAAGCCCAUUCCAGGGGAGUCUGAGGAGGACUUCCUGAGGAGGAAGAGGGAGUACUGGAGGAUAAAGAAGAAGGAGCAGAGAGCCAGGAAGGCCAUCAAGGACAAGGGGAUCUCCCCGAGGAGAACACCCAACAACCUGAGGUCCAUCCUGCCGGCCCAGGAUCUGCAUACACAGGAUUCUGGUCAGUGGGUGAGCUCCUCCGAGGAGUCGGAACAUCUAAUGAGCACGUCAGAGGACGCUGACCCAGCUUCCUUUUCAUUCUCAAACUUCACAGCUUCAGUAGAAGAUGAGUCGGCGCUUCUGUUCGAUGACUAUGAGGACCACGAUGAAGAGGAGGGUCCCGUCUCGGACGCGGUGUGGAGGAACCGCUACCUCAUGGACUACGAUCCUCUCAACCAGCUGCUGGUGUGCAUGGUGUGCGGGGAGCUGCAGUACUCCCACAGCCUGGAGGGGGUGAGGGCUCACAUCGACGAGGCUCACCCCCACACCCUGAGCCUGGAGCCUGGGGAGCAGCGACAGAUCCUGGAGGCCUGGGACGAGCAGGUGUCCCAGAGAGAGCGCUUCUUCACCAGCCAACUGCAGCAGCAGAGCGGGGUCUGACAGGAGAACAGGAACUGGAGCGCAGAGGGUAUGACUGCAGGACACAACGGAAAACCACCCAGGAGAGAACACUCAAACGUUGUCUUAUUUAUAUAUUGUUAUUCCAUUUUUUUGUACCUUCAUAGAAAGUCAUCUUGAAAUAAUGCUGUAUAGGGAACAUCCAACCCUAAAGCAGCUUUACCUCAUUUCAUAGCAGGGUUGUAAGGUUGGAUUAUGAAUGAAAGUAUUACUUUUUUUUUACAUUGAAGUUAUUACAGCUGAGAUACUGUGAUGAUAUUCAAAAGAUGAGUCAAACAUUCUGGGAAACAAUGUCUUUGUACUAACAGAAGCUGAAGAAUCGAGGACCUUUCUUUGUGAAACACACAGAUCAGAAUUCCUACUUCCUGAAAUCUGCUAUCAUUCCUCAUAAACCAAACAGACUUAUUCCAAUACAGACGAUGCUCUUGAUACAGGACUAAAACUAUCAUAGAGAAUAAAUUUAACUCCAGGAUUAUAGCAGUUUUCCCUCAUUUUCAAAGAUUCUGUGCAUCGGUCAACCCUACGUAUGGAAAAAAUCCAACAAAUGAUUUUCAAUCUCUUAUACAGCAGUCAUUUUCAAACUGGUUUCUGUCAUCAUCUGUUAGACCAUGCUAAUAUAACCUGCUGCUGGAUAACAGAUAAACAGUAAUGUUACCAUUUCCCCAAAAGGUUUCCAAAAAGUGGAAAACCUCCAAAUCUGAAAAGUGCAUCCGUUGCAGAAGUGCCUUAAACCUGCGUCCUCUCUAAUGGAAAGCAGGGGGCGACUUCACUGUCAGAUUGUAUAGAAGUUAAUGAAAAAAUGACCAACCUAUGACUUGAUUUAUUACCUCAGUAAAUGUUUUCCUAACAAGUUUAUUGGCUCAAUUGCUAGUUUACAAUUUUUCUACUGAGCAUGAUUCUCAUUUGGUCCACUAUGAUUCAAUUUAGGGCAAAAUAGAGAAUAAAGCCCGUUAUGCUUUGGAGCAUGACUUUUUGGGAUUUACAAGCUGCUGCUGUGUCGUCUUGUUUGAGGGUUUUAGAACAUAAGCCACGACUAUCAAAUCAUUUCUCUCGUUCAGCUGUACUAAGUAAACUGUGGGACAUUUUACUUCUAUUAAAUGUAGGAAUAGUUUACAUCAGACAUUGUUGAGCAAUUCAACUCAUUAAUGAAUUGAGUAAACAGUCAGAUUUUAACCAUUUUUCAUCAGAACAAAACUAUGCUUGUUUUAAGGCAUUAAACAGUACAUUUGAAUCCACCUCCCCUGUGUCAGGCAGAUAUGGGAAAAUAAACUCUGUCACACUCAGCACAAGCGUUUAACAUUUAUACUACAGUUAAUUUGGUUUUAAAAUAUAUAUAUACAAAGGUUGCGUUCAGGUCCGAAACCUUUCUAGACUCGUUACUGGAUUGUUGCAUGGUCGUCCGGAACUGUUCCAUGAUUUUGUAUGUGAUACUGCACCAUGCUGUUCUUUAAACCCUAUGUAUGUUAUGUUGUGUGUUUUUUUUAUUGAUUUAUUUUAAUCUACUCUCAAUUCUGUAAAAAAACAUCUGCAGUUCAUAUGAGCUUCACCAUGUAAAACAGCUGCACUGUAAAUACACAAAAUACUAAAGUAGUUAUGAGAUGCCAAUUUUUUGUUGCUGUUUUACAACAGUUUGAGUCAUUUUAUGCUUUAUUUAUUGAAUCUCCUCGUAUAUAAUGAGUAUCGAUGAAUCAUUAUCCAUAUCUGUAGAGAGUUUCAUGUUAGAGAGGUUUUCUUGUUUGACGGUCUUGAGGAUCCAAAGGCGUUCUUGCAUGAGUAGUAAAAAGAUGGAUGGUUGUUUGUGAACUCUGGAAUGCAUUCCCAAGUUUUUCUAAGACUUUCAAAAAGUUGUUUGAGCACAAAGCUGUAUGGGUGUGUGACGCUCAGAGAAACUGCCUGCACAGCUGCACCACAGUGUGAACAGCUGGAAGAGACCGAGCUAUGUUACCUUCUGAGAAUGUAAUUCAGACUUGUUUACCAGUUCAAAGGGAAUGUUUCAAUGCCUUUUCAGUAAUAAACCUUUUCUACCUUUGGGCUUAAUCUGCACGCUCUUUUUCACACAUAAAUGAUCGAAUUCUUACAUUUGAUCACAUUUUCCAACAUGACUUUCAGUUUCCUUGCUCCAUUUGUUUUGUUAAUUGAUAUAUUUCUCUCAUUUUGUUUAAUAUCCAUUUUCUAUCAUUUUUCAAGAUCUUGCUCAUUUCCAAUAUGCAAAAAGCCACAUUUAUUUUAGCUCACCCUGCAUUAGAUUGAUUGAAAUAGACACAAAGUAUGGAUAUCUGUGGAAGACUAUUAAUGUCAGUCGGAAAGGUAAAAAAAAAGGUGACCAGUCUUUCAUUUUUAAAAACUUUUUGGAGAAUGUCGAAUUUCCACAAAAUGCUUUUUUUAAACGUUUAUUCUCAAAAUGUCAACUUCAAUCACAUUUAGAAUUUAUAAUGCAAAAUAAAAAAGAACAUCUUCCUCAAAUUUGUAUCUUCCUUAACACUCAGCAAAUAUGCACUAUAAUGAUAGACAUUUGAAAGACCAUGAAAUUAUUCUCUACCCCUUACAUUGACAUUUGAUGAUUGGUUAUAAGGGUAUUUUUUAAAUAACAGUUGCUUCUAAUAAUGUAAAAAAAUAGUCCCCUGUUGGUCAAGAGCCAAUAAUCCAGGGUACUACAUGUCCCAUAAUGCAACAAAUUGCAUAUUUAUCAGCCCCUGCUUGCCUGGUAAACAUUCCCUCCAACUGUUUUUACCAGACAUGAUGAGAAAACUGACCUUCAUGUGUUUUCUGUGAAGCUCCCACAUGUGAAAAGUGUCUAUACCUUGCCGAUGCUACAAAAACAUGUAAACCAUUUCAGGUUCCCAAGGCCACGGUACGCUUGAUGAUCGUUAAAUGGAGGAAGUUUGGAACAAUCAGGACUCUUCCUAAAGCUGCCCCCCAACCCACCCCACUGCCUAAACGUAGCAAUCAGGGAGAAGGCCCCGGUGAGAGAGGGGACAGAGAACCAGAUGGUCUCACUGGCACGGCUCCAGAGAUCCGGAUGCCUCUUCUCAGUAAAAAAAGACACAUGAAAGCACAUACUGCACUCUGUAAGAACAGGAUUUCAGCCCGAUGAAACAAGACUGAACUGAUACCGUAGAUAGGAUGGUGACAGGAUUUUAUUACUUAGCUGUUUAGAGGAGGAGUAUUGCUUUCCUACAUGCAGAUUUUCCAAUUUAGUAAACAUGAUUUUCCAUUCAAACCUGAGCGGACAGCAUCACAUGUAGGUCUGGGUUUGAGGUGGGAUGGACGUGUGGGGAAAUAAGUAGAAAAAUAGAUUUAUGACUAUUCACUUUAAAUUAAAAAGCAUCCCUUGUUAAUUUAAUGAUGUUUUAACAUAUAGAAAUACAUUUAUUUUAAAGUACAUACAUGUUCAAUUAAACCAUGAAAAGACA